CCUGCCGUUGCCGCCGGGGGUUUCCGGGGCAACCGCUCAACAGAUCUCCGGAGAACCAGGGGGCGGCGGUGGCGGAGCCUGCGGAGUCUGCCCGGGUCAGUGUUUUAAAGUAUGAUUUCCCAAGAGAAGACUGAAGAGUAUCCUUUUGCAGAUAUAUUUAAUGAAGAUGAAGCUGAAAAAAACUUUUUGUUGUCCAAACCUGUUUGCUUUAUUAUAUUUGGAAAACCAGGGGUUGGGAAGACAACAUUAGCCCGUCAGAUAGCACAGGCAUGGAAGUGUAUUCGUGUCGAAGCUUUACCAAUUUUGGAAGAGCAGAUUGCUGCUGAAACCCAAACAGGAGUUAUGUUGCAAGCGUUGCUGGUCAGAGGUCAAAGUGUUCCAGAUGAACUUGUCAUAAAGAUAAUAUUGGAUAAGCUCAACUCCCCAGAAGUCUCUCACUUUGGUUAUAUUAUCACUGAAAUGCCAUCAUUUUCACAGGAAGCCAUAACUACUUUAGAGCAAUUAGAAUUGAUUAAAAACCUAAGUUUGAAACCUGAUAUUAUAAUCAAUAUUAAGUGCCCUGACUUUGAUUUAUGCCAAAGAAUUUCUGGGCAAAGACAGCACAGUAGUACGGGGUACAUAUACCCAAGAGAUCAGUGGGAUCCUGAAGUCAUUGAGAGCCGCAGAAAAAAGAAGAAAGAUGCCCAAAAAGAGGGAAAAGGAGAAGAGGAAGGGGAAGAGGAAGAAGAGCAAGAAGAAGAAGAGGCAUUUAUUGCCGAAAUGCAGAUGGUAGCUGAAAUUCUUCAACAUCUAGUUCAGAGGCCUGAGGAUUAUUUGGAAAAUAUUGAAGACAUCAGUAAACUUUAUAAGGAAACAAUUCUUCAUCCUAUAGAAGAAAUAAUGGCUGAGCACAAUUCCCAGUAUCUCAUCGAGCUAGAUGGAAAUAAGCCACCAGAGGAGCUUUUCCUGACAGUGAUGGAGCGACUUAAAUAUCUGAACCUAAGAAGAGCAGCUGUUAUAACCAAACUUCAGAGUGCAGAGGAAGAAAUUAACGAUGUAAUGGAAACUGAUGAGCUGUUUCAUACUCUCGCAUCUUACAAACUAAUUGCACCAAGAUAUAGAUGGCAGAGAAGCAGAUGGGGGCGUACAUGUCCUGUGACUUUAAAAGAAGGUAACAUUUACUCGGGAUUACCAGAUUGUUCUGUGAGCUUUCUAGGUAAAAUGUACUGUCUUUCAUCGGAAGAAGCAUUAAAAGCCUUUUCAUUGAAUCCACGCCCAUAUCUUCUUCCACCUAUGCCAGCACCACCAUGUAAAGUAUUCAUAUUUGGACCUCAAUAUUCAGGGAAAACAACGCUUAGCAAUUUGCUUGCAGAGAAAUAUAAAGGACAGGUUGUUGACUAUGCCAAACUUGUUCAACCACGUUUUGAUCAAGCCCUUGAAAAAUUAAUUGGAAAUACUAUAGCUGAAGCCACUGAAACAGCUAUUAAAGUUGUGCAAGAUAAGCUUCUCACAGAACUAGAAAAUAGAAGACAAGGUGAACAUCUUUUAAAAAUUCUAGAUAAUUUAGUUCAGGUGUGUUUUAAGUUUAAAGUAACUAAGAGCUAUGCUAAGUACAUUGUAUGCAUUGUCCUGUUUAAUGCUCAUAAUAGGCCUAUGAAUGAAGUAGGUGUUUUUAUCUCCACAUCUGCCGCAUUAGCUUUAAGAGAAUUUCAAAGAGAAUUUGGAAGAAAAGAGUAUGAAGAAUUCCAAAUGGGACCGUUUAAAAGCCUAGAAGACAUGCUGUCUUCAGUUGAGGACGACGACAAUCAAGAAACCCUAAGAGAAGGCUCUCUAGAGGACACUGAAGAAACCAAAAUGCAGACAGAAAAAGUCUCCGCUGAUCCAAGUGCCAAAAGUGAUAAAGAUGAUGAAAAAGAAAGCAGUGAAAUUAUGUCCAAAUUUAAAAGUCUGUCUCGAGGCCCUAGUCAAGAAGUAGAACUAUCUUCCAAAAAAGUUUCAAUAGAAGACACUAUAGAAGAGGUAACUGCAGACCAUCCAGAGGUUGUUGCCAUGGUUGAAGAAACUAUAAAAAUGACAAAGGAUAUGAACUUCGAACAGCCAUAUGAAAAGCAUGCUGAAAUUUUAGAGGAAGUGCUCAGAGAGGUAAUGAAAGAAAACAAGAAUAGGUUUCCUGGUGCUCCAAAAGAUGGAGGAUGGGUUGUGGAUAACUGCCCCUUUACAAGAGAACUGUGGAUAGUCUUAGUCGAGAAAGGAAUUUUACCUGAUUUAAUAAUCUGUUUAUCAGAUAUGGAAAACAAUGGAAAAUACUUACUUAAUAGACUGUAUUUACAGAAUAAACCUGAAAUUGACGCUAAGAUUUUAGAAAGAUUACUAGAUGAACUACAAAACAAAAAAAAAGAGGAAGAAGCAGCAAGAAAAGCUACAGAAGAAGCACUGAAAAUAGAAGAAGAAAAUCGAAGGAUGUUAGAAGCUAUGAGUAUGAAAGCAAAAGAGGCUGAAGAAGAGUUUGAUGCUGAGGGGUCUGAAGCUCCUGAAGGGUCUGAGGAGCCUGACGUAUUCGAAGAGGCCAGACUGUCACUGCUAAUGGAAGAGUCUGAAGUGUCUGAGGUUCCUGAAACAGAACCUGAAUCAGUUGAGCCUAUUGAGGAGACUACAGUUGAAACUGAAAUUCCAAAAGAAUCCAAAGAGGGCCUGGAAACUGAAAAAUUAUCUGAAACAGUUAUGCUUCCUGAGUAUCCAGAAGACGCUUAUCCUGAUGUUCCCGAAAUGGAGCCACUUAAAGAGAGUAUUAGACAGUUCACCUUGUCCUGGAAACAGCUGGAAGUAUCACUCAAUGAUUUAACUUUUAUUCAAAUCUUAAACUUGGAAAUUGCUGGCAAAACUCCAGAGGAACUACUUCAAAAAGUAGUUGAGACUAUGGAAAAACCAUUUAAAUAUACUGGGUGGGAGUUAACUGUGGAAGAUUAUGAUGAAGAAACUGAAGACUAUCAGGCUGAAGCAGAAGUUGAUGAGGAGCUCGAAGAAGAAGAGGAGGAAGAGGAAGAGAAUGAAGAGAGAAUUAAAGAAAAGAGGAGGCAUUUGGGAGAUACAAAGCACUUUUGUCCAGUGGUUCUCAAAGAAAACUUCAUCCUACAACCAGGCAACACAGAAGAAGCAGCUAAAUAUCGAGAAAAGAUCUACUACUUUUCAAGUGCUGAGGCUAAAGAAAAGUUUUUGGAGCAUCCUGAGAAAUACGUGGCUCAUGAAGAACCGUUAAAGGCUCCUCCAUUAAGACUAUGUCUUCUGGGCCCCCAUGGCUCUGGCAAAACUACCUGUGGAAGACAUCUGGCAGAAAAUUUGGGCAUUUUUCACAUUCAGUUUGAUGAAGUCCUUCAAGAAAAAUUAAUGCUCAAAAUCGAAAAGAAAGUUGGACCUGAAUUUGAGGAAGAGUCUGAGGAUGAACAAGCUGUAAAACAAGAAAUUGAAGAACUUGCAGUUCAAGCCAAUAUUACAAUUGAGGAAGAAAAUACAAAGAAGCCGUCUCCAGAAAUACAUCUUACAGAGGAAGAAGAAGCAAUCAAAUCGAAUCUAGUAGACAAUGAGCCAUUGCCUCCAGAAAUUCUCGAAGGAAUUCUUUCUGAGUGGUGGCUUAAGGAACCAAUAUGUUCCACAGGUUUUAUACUAGAUGGUUUCCCCCGAUACCCUGAGGAGGCCCAGUUUCUAGGGGAGCGUGGAUUUUUCCCAGAUGCUGCUGUUUUUAUACAAGUCGAUGAUCAAGAUAUUUCUGAUCGUCUUCUUCCUUCCCAUAUUGAAAAGUGGAAACUGAAACAAAAGAAGAGAUUAGACAGGAAAAAACUCAUCAAAGAUAUGAAGGCAAAAAUAAGGGAUGAUAUGAUUGCUAAAAGAAGGGCUGAACUUAUAUCAGAAAGAGAGAAAAAAAAGAAAAGGGAGGUUGGUGUUAAAGAAGAUGAAGAUAUUAGUGAGGAAGAACCUGAAGAAGAGGAAGAUGAUAGUAUUGACAACAUCCUUGAAGAAGAAUUUCCAAAAGAAGAGGAAGACAUGAGUGAGGAAGAUGAAGAACAGGAAAUUGAUGCCACUGAACGCCUGAGAAGUGAAGUGGGAGAAAAAUUUGAAGCUGAUAUGAGUAAUUUACAAAUAAUACAGGAUGAAUUUGAGAAGUUUUUGAUACCGAUAAUUCACAUUAACGGAGCUCGAAAAACCCACAUUGUACAAUAUGUGUUGAACACCAAAGUGAAGCCACUGGUGGAAAAUCGUGCAAGCAUUUUUGAGAAAUGUUAUCCAAUAGCACCACAUCUUGCCCAGAAAAUGCUCAGCCUUACCUACAAAUAUAUAAGCUCAUUUGGAUAUUGGGACCCUGUCAAGCUAAGUGAAGGAGAGACAAUCAAGCCAUUUGAAAGCCCAGAGAAUCCAAGUUUUCCUGUAAUCCAUCGUCAGUAUAUUUAUUUUUUAUCUAGUAAGGAAAGUAAAGAAAAGUUUAUGAAGAAUCCAAUCAAAUAUAUUCGCCAGCCCAAACCCAAGCCAACGAUGCCCAUUAGGAUUGCAGUCGUGGGGCCUCCAAAAUCUGGAAAAACUACAGUUGCUCAAAAAAUUGCAAGCGAAUGUGGCUUAAAGCGUGUAUCAAUAGGAGAUGCUUUGCGUUAUAUAUUAAACAACCAGCCAGGAACAGAGCUGGCCCUUAUGUUAAAUUGGCAUCUUCAUAAAGGAAUGACAGCACCUGAUGAACUGGCUAUUCAAGCCUUAGAAAUAUGCCUGAUGGACAGUGCAUGCAAUACUGCAGGCGUUGUCAUCGAUGGCUACCCCGUAACUCAAUAUCAAAUGAAUCUCUUGGAAGCCAGGACAAUCAUUCCCAUGAUCAUCUUUGAGUUGGAUGUGCCAUCCAAGGAGAUUUUCAAAAGAUUGCUCCUGGAAAAAAAAAAGGAACAGAGCUUUCCUUAUCCACUGCACAACAGUGCACAGAUUACGGCUGUCAAGAAUUCAAAGCACCGAAAAAAUAUUGAUGAGAUCAGGCAAUAUUAUCAAGAACAACAUCAGAACUGGUAUGUGAUUGAUGGAUUUCACAGCAAAUGGUGGAUAUGGAAUAAAGUCAUUAAGAACAUCCAAAUGGUGAAUAAAUGUAUCCAGACAUACCUGGAAAGAAUAAAAUCAGGAAAAGCUGCCUGCAUUGACAAGUUAUGUAUCACACCUCAAGAGCUGACUUCUCGCCUCGGAGAAUUUGGACAGUUCUGCCCUGUCAGCCUGGCAGAAUCAUAUGAAUUGUUUGAUUGUUCUCUAACUAAGUCCUUGAAAUUUGCAGCAGAGUUCAGGGGGCACUACUAUAAAAUGAAUUCUCAGGAAAAACUGAAUAAAUUCUUGGAGAGCCCAGAACUGUACGUGCCUCCAUUAGCACCUUAUCCACUUCCAUCUCCCGACAUGAUCCCCAAAAGGCUGACACUGUCAGAGCUCAAGUGUCGAUUCCCUAAGUGUGCUGAGCUCCAAGGAUACUGUCCAGUGACCUACCAGGAUGGAAAACAAAGAUAUGAAGCCCUAAUACCUGGUAACAUUAACUAUGCUUUAGAAUAUCGUGAUCGGAUAUAUAUUUGUGAGACUGAGGAAAAACUCCAGAAAUUUUUCAGGUCACCACUGAAAUACUGGAAUCAGAAACUUCCAAACAAACUUCCCCCAUUAAAGGAACCAAUAUUUCUUACUAGUCUUCCUUUGCCUGGAUACCUGGAACAGGGUGUUGCCACUUCUCUAAUUAAAGCAAUGAAUGCAGCAGGAUGCCUAAAACCCAAGUUCCCCUUCUUAAGCAUAAGGAGAUCUGCACUACUAUUUAUAGCACUUCAUCUAAAAGCAUUUAAUCCCAAAGGUUCUGAAUAUACACGAAAAAAAUAUAAGAAGAAGAUGGACCAGUUUAUAGAGCGAUGUGAACUCAUAACAUACCUGGGUACCAAGAUGACCAGAAAAUACAAGGAACCUCAAUAUAGAGCCAUUGACUUUGAUCAUAAGUUACAGACCUUUCUUGCUCUCAGAAAUAUAGACCCAAUUAAUGGAUAGUUUUGCUUAGGGAACUGCAAUCUGAGUCUCAAGCUAUCCCAAAGUGGGGAAAUGGAAGCAGACUGAAAAUCUGGCCAUCUGUGAUGUGCUUUUCCCUCCUGAGUGGCAUCUCACAGCAGCCAGACUUUAAAUGGAUUCGAAGCUCUGCCAGCCAGGAAGGAGUGUUCUGCACCCCAGCUUUUAAUAUAACUUUAAAGCUUGUUGCUCAUUCCCUAACUUUGAUGCUUUAAAAAAAGGAAUAGUCAUUACAUUUAGAAUAUUUAAGCAAUUAUUUUAUUUAAUAAAUUUGUUGUUCAUUUUCCUUUUUAACAUUUUCAGUAGAAAAAUCAGUCUCUGUUAACGAAAAUUUGUCAUUAAAUGUUAGAAAGCUUCAAGAAACAAAAUAAGCAUUGAUACAAAUAAAACAAAUAUUGGUUGCACUUUUAACAUAAAGAAUUAUUUGUAAACGUUGUGAAAUAAGAUACUUCAUCAUUUUCUAACAUACCUAUUAAUAAAUGGAUUUUGCAAUAAAUGACUGGCUGACUCUUAAGUAUUCACUGAAACAUACUUUAUACAUUAUUUUUGUAAUUAGAAACCACCUGAAAUUUGAAGAAAGAUGAAAUCUAGGGAGUCUUAUGUGACAUCUAUCAAAAAGUAUAUGCUAGAGGAAUAUAUACUGCAUUGAAUUUGAAUGAAAUUUUUAAAAUAAGAUUAUCAGUUUUCUAGCAGCAGUAUAAAAAGUCUACAAUAUGCAACAGCAAGAUUAGCUUUUUAAAAAAUCAAAAGAAUAAGCAUUAAGUAUGUAACCUUGGGUAAAUUUCAAUUUCUCUGAGCCUCGCUUUCUUAAUCUCUAAAAUGAGUGAUUUAGCUCUUUGAUCCCUCUAAUUUCAACCAAACCAUGUCUCUACAUGGUGUGUCUAGAUGUCAUUUUCACUGCGAUCAAAACCAUAAUCUCACCUACGGAGGAGAGAAGCCUCCAUUUGACAGACUUUAAGACAAAAAGUAAUGUAAGUACAAUAACAAAAUAUAGAAAAGUAGUUCCUUUCAGGUUUCUUUUUAAAAUAGUUACACAUAUCCAUUGAAUAGAUACACUGUGCUUGACCAUUCCUGUUG